CACCACAAAUUAUCAUCGUACCAAAGCAAAUAACAGGAUUACACACUACCAAAGGCUAUAGACGAUGAUUAUAAAGCGAAAAGUAAGUGAUUGAGAGGAAGAGACAGAGAGAAUGAGAGAGGGUGGAAAAGGAAAUUGGAGACGUGAACUGGUUCACACACGCAUAUAAAUACACACACACACACACACAACCACAUUGCCUUAAUGUGUUUCACCCAAUUUUUUCCUCUUUACGUUUGGCCGAAAGCAAAAGGAUUCAGUAGAUUAGAAGAAGAACAAGAACAAGAGGAAGAACAAGUAGAAAAGGGGAAAAAAAUACACGAACUAACAUUCAAAGCAAAUAAAUACAUAAAAAGAAUGUGGCUCAGUCACAUACAUUCUUAUGUCGUGUUCCCGGCUCUGCGUCAAUAAUAAAUACACCUAAUUUAACUUGUGAAUAAACUUGAGAAUUUUCCCAAGAAUUAUUAUCAUUAUUAACCAGAGUAUUAUUCAGAUCCCUUCUGGCUUUUUUCUCUUCUCAAACUACCUCAUACAAUUACUUUAAAGAGAUUUAUACUAUUACAUCUGACAUUGUAAUUGUAAUAAUUAUUAUCAUAAAAUACCACUGAUAGUAAAUUGUAACAAAGAAACUGGAUGUACCAAAGUGAUUUACAGUUAGUAACCAAUUUCCUGACACUGAUAUCACAAGGGUGUAAAAGAAAAUUACAUGGAAUACUCAUUUAAUUGAACCUCAAUUUAUGACCUCAUCAUCAGUAAUUUGUGAACCAUUUAAUUCGGAUACUCAGUAUUCUGCAUUGUCAUCCAUCGAUCUGAAUACUACUAAUACUAUAACUGUGACGUCUAUUGAUAAUAUUACUGCUACAUGUGAUACUAUCACUCCGAAUACUGCUAUUACUAUCUACUACUACUUUUAUGAAUGAUGAGGAAAGUAGUAUGGUUCAUGAAGAUAACAAUUCCCCUGUACGAUGUAAAUCACUAGAGACAAAAUUACCUGAAAAAUAUCAAACAAAUUCAUCUACAAAGAAACGUCAUCGAAGUACACUUGAAAAUCAGUGGAAUCGUUCAACUUCAUUAAAUUCUUUAACAAAUUUAAAAUUACAUAAUACAAAAACCCCACUAACCUUAUCAUUUAAUGGAGAACAAAGGCAACACGAAGAGUUUGAUAUUAUUUCAAAGAAACGAAAAACUACUGAAAAUACAGUUAUUCACACUGAUUCAAACGAUUCAGAGCAAGCAGUUUACAAUCAUGAGCUUAAAACUUUCGAAUAUGGCAGUGUUUAUGAUUAUCCUCAACCGAAACCUAUAAAUUAUCAUCAUCAUCAUGAACGACAGCAAAAGAAUCGACAGAUAAGCACGAAUGAAAACUUUGGUGAAAUUAAUUCCUCCUGUGAACAAGUGGAAAAUAAGGAAGCCUUUAAUGAAACACACCACAAUCGAAUUCAACUGAAACAUUUAUCUUCCCCUUCUUCAUCAUCAUCUUCAGUAUUAUCACUCAGAAAGAAUUAUUCAAAUGAAAAUCAAAUAAAUGCAUUGAAUGAUUCAACAAAUGACACUUGCAGUAAUAAUCCUGAAGAUGAAGGAGAUAAUGAAUUGUCAUCAGCCUCUGAGCUUACUACAGCUGCUUACAAUAAUUUUGUACGUCGAGUAGUUGACGAUACAUUGGAUCGAACGGUUACAUUUUGUGAACAACCAAGACAUGCUAUUACAGCCUUAGAAAAUAUAUGUACAAGAGCAUGGCCUCAGCUGGAAGUGAAACGUCAUCGUAAUAGAAUACGUGCUUAUCUCAAAGCCUGCAGGCGUAAUUCAAAAAAGAAUAAAGGUCAGAUCAAUAUGAAAGAACCACCAGCAAAUGGUUUAUCAAUCGAAGCUAGACAACUUGUAUCUAAAGCAUUAUUGUUAGUAGCAGAUGAUUUAGACUACUUAAAACAGGCAAUGCAGGCAGAAAGGACAAAAAAUAAAUCAAUAUUCUCUACAAAGAUGGAUGGCUCACGUGAAAAAUCCUAUUUCACAGGCACCAAUAGUAAUCAUAGCAAUACAAGAUCACCGAAUCAUUCAUUGAAAAUGGAUUUAUCAAACCCUUCCGAUUUUGGAGAUGUAUACAGUCAAAAACAUGAUCUGCCUACUUUAUUAGAAAAUAGUAAUAACAGUAGUAAUGAGAAAUUAAAAUCUAACAAAAAUCUUUGGAAUACACCACACAAUUUACUCAGUGACAUAAUGACUAAUAGUAGUACAUCAGCAUUCCCAUUUACUGAUCCAUUGCUAUGGUCUAAUUCAUUAUUACAGAAUACAAAUUUAGAUUCAAAUUAUCUAGCAGCAGCUGCUGCAGCCCUGGCUGCUGUUAAUCCUGCCAAUAUAUUGAAACUGCUCCCUGCAGCGUUACAAUUAAACAACCAUAACAAUUCACUGAAUUUAUCAUCAUUUAACUCCAACACUAAUAGAUCAAAUAAUAAUAAUAAUGAAAAUAGUAAUAACCUAGGCACGAACAACCAUCAUGAAGGAAAACAUGAUAAGACAACACAUGAACGACAUCCUACGCGAAAAUUAUCACAUACAUGGUGUGACGAUGAAUUUACAAAUAAUCAACAUCAGAUGAGCAACUGUAGUGUUAAUAAUGAUAAUAACAAUAAUAAUAACAAUUCUACAAGUCCUAAUUUAAGUGAAAAUAAAAGCUUCUCAUCAGAUUCACAUUUCAGUGUAGGAUUAGAAACGAGUAAACAUUCGAGUUUCAAUAAUUUUGGUGGUGGUUCAUACUUAUCAGAUUGUUUUAACAAUAAUGAUGCUGCCUAUUGUUCACCGCCUCCAGCACAUACCAGUUCAAUUCAGUAUAGUCCAACAAUUAAUCAAGCUUUGGACAGGCUAACAGAUACAGGACUAUUAACUCAUGAUGAUGUUGAAUUUUUCUUACAAAAUCCAGAAGUCACAAAAGCAGCCAUCAAACAAGCUCGUUGUCAAUCUUAUCUAAUUUUAAAGAAGAUUGAAAUUGUUGAAAAUCAGAUCAAAUCUUCAUUGAACAGUUCAAAAAUAAUGCCUCUAAACUUGUCUUAGCUACAUAUGCAUGCAAAGGUUAUUAUACAUACAUAGGGUAUACUUGUUUACUGAACUCCCUCGAAGUUUAUUUGAAAAAAACAUGUAAAAAUAAAGAAGUAACACGCUUAUGUCAGCAUUAAUGUAUUAGGACACCAAACAACAACAACAACAACAACAAAAACAACAAUAAUCAUGAGAAGCAAAUUAGAAACUGUGAUUGUUUCACUAGUCACUCAGUUAUUUGUUUUCAGUAUACUACUUUUGAAAAAUAACAAUCAUAUAUUAUUAAUAACCAAAAAAUUGUUUAAUGUGUAUAUUGGUUGCUCAUUGGUUAUUAAAUUGUUAUUUAGCAUAUUGAACAAUU